AAACAUCUUUAUCUUAAGAUAGACUUUCAUUGCUCUCAGAACGUCUCUCCCCUGACCUUCUGUUAUUAAGUUCAUGGACAUACAGCGUUAUAGAAUUAGGUGGGGGCUCCGAAGUCUGCGAGUGCAGCUGUGCACAGAUUUAAUCCAGAGACUGACUUCACUAUAGAAGCCACAGUUGUAUCGAUGGUUGGGGAAAGAUAGUGGCAACAAGCAAAGGAGAAGCAGCUCUGACAUACAAAGAAAAUGAGUAUGCUAAAACCAAGCGGGCUUAAGGCCCCCACCAAGAUCCUGAAGCCUGGAAGCACAGCUCUGAAGACACCUACGGCUGUUGUAGCUCCAGUAGAAAAAACAAUAUCCAGUGAAAAAGCAUCCAGCACUCCAUCAUCUGAGACUCAGGAGGAAUUUGUGGAUGACUUUCGAGUUGGGGAGCGAGUUUGGGUGAAUGGAAAUAAGCCUGGAUUUAUCCAGUUUCUUGGAGAAACUCAGUUUGCACCAGGCCAGUGGGCUGGAAUUGUUUUAGAUGAACCCAUAGGCAAGAACGACGGUUCGGUGGCAGGAGUUCGCUAUUUCCAGUGUGAGCCUUUAAAGGGCAUAUUUACCCGACCUUCAAAGUUAACAAGGAAGGUGCAAGCAGAAGAUGAAGCUAAUGGCCUGCAGAUGACGCCUGCCUCCCGAGCUACUUCACCGCUGUCCACUUCUACAGCCAGCAUGGUGUCUUCCUCCCCAGCCACCCCCUCAAACAUUCCCCAGAAACCAUCACAGCCAGCAGCCAAGGAACCUUCAGCUACGCCUCCGAUCAGCAACCUUACAAAAACUGCCAGCGAAUCUAUCUCCAACCUUUCAGAGGCUGGCUCAAUCAAGAAAGGAGAAAGAGAGCUCAAAAUUGGAGACAGAGUAUUGGUUGGUGGCACUAAGGCUGGUGUAGUCCGGUUUCUUGGCGAGACGGACUUUGCCAAGGGGGAAUGGUGUGGUGUGGAGUUAGACGAGCCGCUUGGGAAGAACGAUGGCGCUGUUGCUGGAACAAGGUAUUUUCAGUGUCAACCCAAAUACGGCUUGUUUGCUCCUGUCCACAAAGUUACCAAGAUUGGCUUCCCUUCCACUACACCAGCCAAAGCCAAGGCCAACGCAGUGAGGCGAGUGAUGGCAACCACGUCCGCCAGCCUGAAGCGCAGCCCUUCUGCCUCUUCUCUCAGCUCCAUGAGCUCAGUGGCCUCCUCUGUGAGCAGCAGGCCCAGUCGGACAGGACUAUUGACUGAAACCUCCUCCCGUUACGCCAGGAAGAUCUCCGGUACCACUGCCCUCCAGGAGGCCCUGAAGGAGAAGCAGCAGCACAUUGAGCAGCUGCUGGCGGAACGGGAUCUGGAGAGGGCGGAGGUGGCCAAGGCCACGAGCCACGUGGGGGAGAUAGAGCAGGAGCUAGCUCUGGCCCGGGACGGACAUGACCAGCAUGUCCUGGAAUUGGAAGCCAAAAUGGACCAGCUGCGAACCAUGGUGGAAGCUGCGGACAGGGAGAAGGUGGAGCUUCUUAACCAGCUUGAAGAGGAGAAAAGGAAGGUUGAGGACCUUCAGUUCCGGGUUGAAGAAGAAUCAAUUACCAAAGGUGAUCUUGAGCAAAAGAGCCAGAUUUCUGAAGAUCCUGAGAAUACGCAGACCAAACUGGAGCAUGCCCGCAUUAAGGAGCUUGAACAGAGCCUGCUCUUUGAAAAGACCAAAGCUGACAAACUCCAGAGGGAGUUAGAAGACACUAGGGUGGCUACAGUUUCAGAAAAGUCACGUAUAAUGGAGUUGGAGAAAGAUCUAGCAUUGAGAGUACAGGAAGUAGCUGAGCUCCGAAGAAGGCUAGAGUCCAAUAAGCCUGCUGGGGAUGUGGACAUGUCACUUUCCCUUUUGCAAGAGAUAAGCUCUUUGCAAGAAAAGUUAGAAGUCACCCGUACUGACCACCAGAGAGAAAUAACUUCUCUGAAGGAGCAUUUUGGAGCCCGGGAAGAAACUCAUCAGAAGGAGAUAAAAGCUCUGUAUACUGCCACGGAAAAGCUUUCCAAAGAGAACGAGUCAUUGAAAAGCAAGCUGGAGCAUGCCAACAAAGAGAACUCAGAUGUGAUAGCUCUAUGGAAGUCCAAACUGGAGACUGCCAUUGCGUCCCACCAGCAGGCGAUGGAAGAACUGAAGGUAUCUUUCAGCAAAGGGCUUGGGACAGAGACGGCAGAAUUUGCUGAGCUAAAAACACAAAUAGAGAAAAUGAGACUAGAUUACCAACACGAAAUAGAAAAUUUGCAGAAUCAACAAGACUCUGAACGGUCUGCUCAUGCUAAAGAGAUGGAAGCCUUGAGGGCUAAACUGAUGAAAGUUAUUAAAGAAAAGGAAAACAGUCUGGAAGCCAUCAAGUCGAAACUGGACAAAGCAGAAGACCAGCAUCUCGUAGAAAUGGAAGAGACGUUGAACAAAUUACAGGAAGCUGAAAUAAAGGUAAAGGAGCUAGAGGUACUACAAGCCAAAUGCAAUGAACAAACCAAGGUUAUUGAUAAUUUUACAUCACAGCUCAAGGCUACUGAAGAAAAGCUCUUGGAUCUUGAUGCACUUCAGAAAGCCAGUUCCGAAGGCAAAUCGGAAAUGGAGAAACUUAGACAGCAGCUUGAGGCAGCUGAGAAACAGAUUAAACAUUUAGAGAUUGAAAAGAAUGCUGAAAGUAGCAAGGCUAGUAGCAUUACCAGAGAGCUCCAGGGGAGAGAGCUAAAGCUUACUAACCUUCAGGAAAAUUUGAGUGAAGUCAGUCAAGUGAAAGACACUUUGGAAAAAGAACUUCAGAUUUUGAAAGAAAAGUUUGCUGAAGCUUCAGAGGAGGCAGUCUCUGUUCAGAGAAGCAUGCAAGAAACUGUAAAUAAGUUACACCAAAAGGAGGAACAGUUUAACAUGCUGUCUUCUGACUUGGAGAAGCUGAGAGAAAACUUAGCAGAGAUGGAGGCAAAAUUUAGAGAGAAAGAUGAGAGAGAAGAGCAGCUGAUAAAGGCGAAGGAAAAACUGGAAAAUGACAUUGCAGAAAUAAUGAAGAUGUCAGGAGAUAACUCUUCUCAGCUGACGAAAAUGAACGAUGAGUUACGUCUGAAAGAAAGAUAUGUAGAAGAAUUACAGCUAAAACUUACAAAGGCUAAUGAAAAUGCAAGUUUUCUGCAAAAAAGUAUUGAGGACAUGACUCUCAAAGCUGAACAGAGCCAGCAAGAAGCAGCUGAAAAGCAUGAGGAAGAAAAGAAAGAAUUGGAGAGGAAAUUGUCAGACCUGGAAAAGAAGAUGGAAACGAGCCACAACCAGUGUCAGGAGCUGAAAGCCGGGUAUGAGAAGGCCACUUCUGAGACAAAGACCAAGCAUGAAGAAAUCCUGCAGAACCUCCGGAAGACGCUGCUGGACACAGAGGACAAGCUGAAGGGCGCACGGGAGGAGAACAGUGGCUUGCUGCAGGAGCUGGAGGAGCUGAGAAAGCAAGCCGACAAAGCCAAAUCGCUAACUUAUUUGUUAACAUCAGCCAAAAAAGAAAUUGAACUAAUGUCAGAAGAGCUGAGGGGUCUGAAAUCAGAGAAGCAGCUUCUUUCGCAGGAGGGAAAUGAUUUAAAGUUAGAAAACGGUUCACUUUUAUCCAAGCUUGUAGAAUUGGAGGCCAAAAUAGCUUUACUUCAGGGAGACCAGCAGAAACUGUGGUCAGUGAAUGAAACUCUUAAUUUAGAAAAGGAGAAAUUCUUAGAAGAAAAGCAAGAUGCUGAAAAGCAUUAUGAGCAGGAACAUCUCAAUAAAGAAGUUUUGGCUGUUGAGAGAGAGAAAUUGCUUAAAGAAAUCAAUGUUGCACAGGAAGAACUCUUGAAGAUCAAUAUGGAGAAUGACUCUUUGCAAGCUUCCAAGGUGAGCAUGCAGACGCUCAUCGAAGAGCUCCAGCUCAGCAAAGAUGCUUUGAUUGCCAAGACUGAGAAGGACCAGGAAGAAAGAGAUCACCUGGCAGACCAGAUCAAGAAACUUAUUACCGAAAACUUCAUCUUGGCCAAAGAUAAGGAUGACAUCAUUCAGAAGCUGCAGAGCUCUUAUGAGGAGCUAGUCAAAGAUCAGAAAGCUUUGGUACAGGACAUUGAAGAUCUCACAGCUGAGAAAAAGUCAGCUUUAGAGAAACUGUCCAAUCUCGAUAACACGUGCAUAGCCUUAAAGGUGGAACGAGAUAAUGCUCUUCAGAACAACAGAGAUCUGCAGUUAGAGACGGACAUGCUGCUGCACGAUCAGGAAAAGCUGAAUGCCAGCCUCCAGGCCGCUCUCCAGGUCAAACAGCUGCUCCGCUCAGAAGCCAGUGGGCUCCGCGCACAGCUGGAUGAUGCCAGCAAGGCCCUGAGGAAGGCAGAGCUGGAGACCAUGCAACUCCAGGCCACAAACACAAGCCUCACGAAGCUCUUGGAGGAAAUUAAGGCCAGGCGGGCAGUCACAGACUCUGAGUGCAUCCAGCUUCUGCAUGAGAAAGAAACCUUGGCUGCCUCUGAGAGAAGGCUCUUGGCUGAGAAAGAAGAACUUUUAAGUGAAAAUAGAAUCAUCACUGAAAAACUCCACAAAUGCUCAGAAGAGGCUGCCCAUACUGAGAUGAGCCUGAAUGAGAAGAUCACUUACCUGACUUCCGAGAAGGAGAUGGCUUCUCAGAAAAUGACUAAACUUAAAAAGCAUCAGGAUAGUCUCUUGAAAGAAAAAUCCGCACUGGAAACCCAAAAUGGAGUUUUACUUGCAGAGAGAGAGAAUUCCAUCAAAGCCAUAGGAGACCUCAAAAGGCAAUGUGAUCAAGAGUCUGCAAACAGAAGGAUAAUUGUGCAAGAGAAUAUGAAACUCCUCGGUAAUAUUGACGCUCUGAAGAAGGAGCUUCAAGAGAGAAAAAACGAAAACCAAGAACUAGUGGCCAGCAAGUGCGACCUCUCUUUGAUGCUGAAAGAGGCUCAAAAUGCCAAAAAGAAUCUGGAAAAAGAACACACUCACAUAUUGCAAGCAAAGGAGAAUUUGGAUGCUGAACUUAACACGUGUUGUUCCGAGAAGAACAUUUUGCUGAGAGAUAGCUUGAACCUGCAAGAAGAGUGUCAGAAAUUAAGUGAGGAGAUCCAGGAAAUGCAGCAGUCCUUAAUCCUGGAACAGGAAGCCAGAGCAAAGGAGAAAGAGUCAUCCUUGUACGAAAACAAUCAACUUCACGGGAGGAUGGUGCUCCUGGAGCAGGAGGUGGAGGAGUUAAGAGUGUGUACCGAGGAGUUGCAGUCCGAGAAGUUUGUGCUACUUCAAGAGAAGACCAAAUCGGAGCAAGAAGUGGCAGAGAUAAUUGAGGAGAAGGAACUGUUGACUGCAGAAGCAGCUCAACUUGCUGCCCAUAUAAAGACUCUGAAAAGUGAUUUUGCUGCCUUGUCCAAAUCCAAGGCAGAACUGCAGGAACUGCACAGCUGCCUCACCAAGAUUCUGGAUGACCUUCAGCUGAACCAUGAGGUGACCCUGGCCGAAAAAGCCCAGGUGAUGCAAGACAACCAGAACCUCCUGGCUGAGAAGAGUGAAAUGAUGCUGGAAAAGGAUGAGCUCCUGAAGGAGAAGGAAAUGCUGGCAGAAAGCUACUUCAUCCUUCAGAAAGAGAUCAGCCAGUUGGCCAAAACCAACAGCCAUAUUUCAGCCAAUCUCCUAGAAUCUCAAAAUGAAAACCGUACUUUGAGGAAAGACAAGAACAAGCUUACUCUUAAAAUUAGAGAGCUCGAGACUCUUCAGUCAUUUACGGCUGCUCAAACAGCGGAAGAUGCCAUGCAGAUAAUGGAACAGAUGACCAAAGAGAAGACUGAGACUCUGGCCUCCUUGGAGGACACCAAGCAAACAAAUGCAAAACUACAGAAUGAAUUGGACACACUUAAAGAAAACAACUUGAAAAAUGUGGAAGAGCUGAACAAAUCAAAAGAACUCCUGACUGUGGAGAAUCAAAAAAUGGAAGAAUUUAGGAAAGAAAUAGAAACCCUAAAGCAGGCAGCAGCUCAGAAGUCCCAGCAGCUUUCAGCAUUGCAAGAAGAGAACGUUAAACUUGCUGAGGAGCUGGGGAGAAGCCGGGACGAAGUCACAAGUCAUCAAAAGCUGGAAGAAGAAAGAUCUGUGCUCAAUAAUCAGUUGUUAGAAAUGAAAAAAAGCUUGCCCAGUAACACUUUAAGAGAAUCCAAGUUCAUAAAAGACGCAGAUGAAGAGAAAGCUUCCUUGCAGAAAUCCAUCAGCAUCACUAGUGCCUUACUCACAGAGAAGGAUGCCGAGCUGGAGAAACUGAGAAAUGAGGUCACAGUGCUCAGGGGAGAAAACGCCUCUGCCAAGUCCUUGCAUUCAGUUGUUCAGACUCUAGAGUCUGAUAAGGUGAAGCUUGAGCUCAAGGUAAAGAACUUGGAGCUUCAACUCAAAGAAAACAAGAGGCAGCUCAGCAGCUCCUCAGGUAAUACGGACACUCAGGCAGACGAGGAUGAAAGAGCCCAGGAGAGUCAGCAAAUGAUUGAUUUCCUAAAUUCAGUAAUAGUGGACCUUCAAAGGAAGAAUCAAGACCUCAAGAUGAAGGUGGAAAUGAUGUCAGAAGCAGCCCUGAAUGGGAACGGGGAUGACCUGAACAAUUAUGACAGCGAUGAUCAGGAGAAACAGUCCAAGAAGAAACCUCGCCUCUUCUGUGACAUUUGUGACUGCUUUGAUCUCCACGAUACAGAGGAUUGUCCUACCCAGGCACAGAUGUCAGAGGACCCUCCCCAUUCCACACACCAUGGCAGUCGGGGUGAGGAGCGCCCAUACUGUGAAAUCUGUGAGAUGUUUGGACACUGGGCCACCAACUGCAAUGACGACGAGACCUUCUGAUGAAGCCUCAAGUGGAGGACACGGCUCUCUCAGAUGCACUCGCACUGACACAGCGUAACACCAGCAUUGUGUGUGCAGACUCCAAGAGAACUCAUGGUAUUUUUUACCCCAUCAGCAAAUCUAGGAAAAUAUUUUGAUCUUCAACAAAUUGCCCUUUAGUCUCCCCUUAUGAGUUAGAAGAAUAAAUAUUUAGUAGGUGAGUUUUCACCUCGAAUUUUGUUUUCUUGAUUUUCAAGUUUGAAGACAUUGCACCAGAUGCCAUUACAUUUAUUGUCCCUAGACCUCAUAGAAAAAUCCCUACCCUUAUAAUACCUUAUUUAAGUAACUUUAAAUUAUGCCGUUACUUUUCAUAUUUGCACUAAAAUAUUUCCAGGCUGCAUUUGUAUAUUUAGAUUUUUUGGUUAAGCUUUGACACUGGAAUGAGUUGAAAAAAUGUGCCAUUUUGCAUUUUCAUCUACUCAUUUAAAGUAUUUUAUUCUUAUUCAAAGAAAUAUCUGAGCUCUUUGCACUACCUGUUAUCAGUAGUGCCUUUGUUUCAGGCUUGAUAAUACUUAGGUGUGAUUAUAAAAUCAUGAAGCAGGUAAAGGGAGGGGAAAGCCCCCAAACUGCUGUGGGGACAUUUGAUAAUCUAUAUGCUGCACCCACUUAAUCUACUGUGGUGUUUUGUUUAUUAGUUUUCCAUAAUUUCAGCUUCUAUAUAUUAUAUGUAUAUAUUUUUUAAAAAUCUAUAUUUUGGGAAAAAAAACAUACACAAUGUGUCUUUCUUUUUGGAUAUUUACCUUUUUGAAAAAGAAAACACUUAAAAUGAUCAUUAGGACAUAACGGACUAGGCCAGACAUAGCAUCAUGCGGCUUUGCAACAUUUUCAUUUGUUUGUUUUCCUUUUAUUUCUUAAACAGAUUUAAAUAACUGGAGGAAUUUUCUCCAAUUUUGUUUCCUUCUCUAGCAGGUAUCCCCAGCAGUCAGUUAACAAUAAGCCAGUAUAAAACGCCUAAAUUAACCAGUCUACAAUCUUCCUUUACAAGUUUUUUUUACUGUUUUUAGAUGAAUGUACGAUGAGAAAUUCAACAUUAAUAAUUUUGGAUUUUCUUAUCACAAAAAAGAAAAUGAAGGACCUCAAAGCACCAGAACAGUUUAUCGACCAGUUUGAAUCUAUUUAUCUUCAUUUGAAUGUCUUCUAGAAUAUGUAAAAAGGAAUAAAAUGUAUCUUCCAUGCCACAUGUACAAUAAGAACUUCUAUAAUUGUAUAUAUGCCUUUGAUGUAUUUUCCCCUCAAGAUGAUCAACUGUGUGUUUGACAGUGAAUAUUAAAUCUGUUACCAGUUGAAAUUUUUGGUUAUAAAUGUAAUACAAAUUGUUUCACAAACAGAAAACAUGUAAAGCAGUAUUAAAAUUUGGCCAAACAAGUGUUCUGUAUCUACUUUAAUAAAUGGUUAUUCAUU